AUAAUUUUAUGGAAAAAUCAUGAAUUUGUUUUUCUUAUGCUCAAUCGAAAAUCACAAUUGAAUAAGAACAAAAAUUUGAUCUUUUGGAAUCAAAUGCAGUAACAAAGCAAAACCCUAAUCCAAAUCAAAUUCACAUUCUUCAUUUCUCAGGUUUAACUAUGGCGGACGAGAAUGCUGCCAAUGGAGAUGUUUUUGAUGAUGCUGUGGAGAUCGAAGGAGAGGAAGAUUCGGAUGCUGCAUUGAAAACUGCUCCGCUGACACACAAGAUAGCGGCGUUAGAGCAAGAGAAUAAUCAACUUUUUCGCGAGAAUCAAGUCAUCAAAGAAAAGAUGGAGAAAUCUAAGCACUCGAUUGAGGAAAUCCAGAACGAAAAAGUGGAGUUACAGAAGAAGGCAAAGAAGUUUGAGUCGGACAAUAAGGCUCUAGGACCGGUAGCUGGCCGAGCAGCAGAGCUCGAGGGUGAACAGUCUCGGCUGCAGCAUGAUCUCAUAACUUCAAUGAACGAUCUGGAAGAAUCGAAUUCUGAGCUAUCGAAACUGAAGUUGGAUCUAGAAGGGUUAAAGAGUAGUGAUAAUGAGAAGAGGGUGAAAUUGGAAACCGUUGAGACUGAAAGGAACUUGUUAUUGGUGAAACUUAACAAGUUGGAAGCGAGUGAAAAAGAUCAUCGAGCUGAAGGAGAAGUAAAGGAGAAAGAAAUAAGGGGCUUGAAGAAUCAACUCGAGGAUUUAAAAGCAACUCUGAAGAAGAACGAGACGUGGAAAAGGGAGAAGGAGGCACUUCAUUCAGUGAAAGACGAGUUAGAGAAAAGGGUAAUAGAAAUGAUGAGUAAAGUGACUGAGUUGGAGAAAAAGUUGGAGGAGAAGGAAACACUGAUUACUGAAAGAGGCGUCGACAACAAUGUUAAUGGCAUUUCAGCUGAGGAUAAAGUUAAAGCUCCCGGUGGCAAUGUAGACUUACUAAUGGCGGCUGCAUCUUCAGUUGCUGCAGUUGCUCUGGUAGGUAUUUUGUGCUUUCUUCGAUUUGCAAGAAAAUCAUAAACUCAGAGCUUGUUGUUUAUCUUGAUUUGCUAGUUCCAUGAACCAUAGGAGUUUUUAGCAACCUUUAAACAAGUUUGUUAGUGUAAUCAUUUCAAAGAAAGCAUUCGUAUUGCAGUGAAGCACUGAAUUCAUAUGUAGUACUGAAUUGUCUCGAAUAAUGGCGUUCUUAUACCACUCUCCUUUAGUCGAUUAUUUUGGCUACCUGGAGUCAGGGGCAACUCUCUCUAAA